AUGAAAUUUAUUGAUGAGCUAGAUAUAGAAAGAGUGAACCAAACCCUCAAUUUCGAGACAAAUGAUUGCAAAAUCGUCGGCAGUUGCGAUAUUUUCACAACAAAGGCAGUUGCGUCAGACAGGAAAUUAUACAAGACCAUUGAUCACCAUUUAGAUACCAUUUUACAAGAAAAUGAAAACUACAAUGCUAGCCUUCAGCAGCAGCUAGCAGCUCCUGAAACAAACCAAUCGCCUUGCUCAUCACCAUUUUAUCCCAAUAGGAGAGAUAGCAGCUCUUUUUGGGAACAAAAAAGAAGAAUAUCCUUCAGUGAGUACAAUAAUAAUACCAGUAACAGCAAUGGAAAUAUCAGCAGCGGUGGCAACAAUAACUAUUCUGGAGCUAACGGCAUAUGUUCGGCAGCUUUUUCUAAAAGUGUCAAGUUAAAUGAUCAGAAUUUGAAAGAAUUAGUGUCCAAUUAUGACUCUGGUUCCAUGAGUUCAUCUUCUCUUGAUUCAUCUUCCAAGAAUGACGAAAAAAUAAGAAGAAGAAGAAGUAGCAGCAGUAGUAGCAGUUUUAAAAGUAGUAAGUCAUCGAAUAAUCAUCACAAUACUGGUACGGCUGCCAAUAACAUUAACAAGAGAAGAAAAUCUUCAAUAAACGAAAGACCAAGCAAUCUAAGUUUGGGUCCAUUUGGCCCUAUAAAUGAACCUUCGAGCAGGAAAAUAUUCACUUAUUUAAUCGCUAUUCUCAACGCUUCUUAUCCCGAUCAUGAUUUUUCAUCGGUGGAGCCAACUGAUUUUGUCAAAACGUCAUUGAAGACAUUUAUUUCGAAAUUUGAAAAUACUUUAUAUUCUCUUGGAAGGCAACCAGAAGAAUGGAUUUGGGAGGUUAUAAAUUCCCACAUGACUCUUUCUGAUUGUGUUCUUUUCCAAUAUUCGCCCUCAAACUCCUUUCUAGAAGAUGAACCUGGCUACCUUUGGAACCUCAUAGGUUUCCUUUAUAACAAGAAAAGAAAGAGAGUUGCUUAUCUAUAUUUAAUCUGUUCGCGUCUAAAUUCGAGUACAAGUGAAGUCGAAGAGACUUCAGUGAAGAAACCGAAGGGGAAACUUAUAAUAGAUGAUGGUUCAAAUGAAUAUGAAGGAGAAUACGAUUUCGCCUAUGACGAAAACGUAAUAGACGAUAAAUCAGAUCAUGAAGAGCCCCUACAUUAG